AUGAUCUGCCAGCAAAUGGGCUGGGGUGGUCAGCCUAUCAAAUCCAUACAUGGUCAGGACGAAGACCACACAGCCCGUGUCACACCCGUCACAGACUCUCGCCGCCUCCGCAUCACAUUCAAUGGCUCCGUAUCAGACGUUCUACCCUGGAAGUUCACGCCCCAGCAGCGCGAAGUCCGGGUGCUCCCUGGUGAAACUGCGCUUGCUUUCUACACCGCCACCAAUAGGAGUAGUGACGAUAUCAUUGGGAUUGCUACGUACAGCGUGACCCCUGCGCAGGUGGCUCCGUACUUCAGCAAGAUACAGUGCUUUUGCUUUGAGGAGCAGCGGCUGAAUGCGGGCGAGACUGUGGAUAUGCCAGUAUUCUUCUAUAUUGAUCCGGAUUUCAUCAAUGACCCGAAUAUGACGAGGAUUGAUACUAUCACUUUGUCAUACACUUUCUUCAGUACGUCGAAAGUUCAGUUUCUCUGA